AUGACAACCAUCGACAUCCGCGAUACCGAGCACUGGGCGGCCCUGCUGCGCACCGAGCCGCGCCGCCCGGUGCUCGUCCAUCUCAACGGCGACACCACCUGGCUGCUGCAGCUCCCCUGCCCUCCGAGCGGCGGCACGCGGCGGCGCAGAAGUCACUUCAACCUGCUCAUCGACCCGUGGCUGCACGGCCCGCAGAGCGACGUCGCACCGUGGUUCAGCACCCAGCGCCACGUCGUCGCCCCCGCGGUGCCGUCCCUGGCGGCCCUGCAGGCACUCUUGCGAGAGCUCGACGACGAUCCGGACGCCGCCGCCGGGAAUCCGGAGCCGGACGGGGACCCCCGGGCGAUGAUCCACGCCGUCGCCGUCUCGCACGAGUUCACCGACCACUGCCACCGCGCCACCCUACAGGAGCUGCCCCGCGACACGCCCGUCUACGCCGCCGACGCCGCCGCCGAGCUCAUCCGCAGCUGGCACUUCUUCGACGCCGUCACCACCGCCCCCGGGCUUCUCGCCGGCACUCCGUGGCGGUCCCUCCCCGGCACCCUGCUGCCCGCGUGGCUGCGCGUCGGCCGCCUCGUCACGCCCGGCAACUCGCUGUACUACCACUCCGCCCUCGUCGUCGCCUUCGACCUGGGCGCCGGCACCCACGCCGAGGCGGUCGUCUACUCGCCGCACGGCGUCGCCGCGCGCGACCUCUCCGCCGCCCUCGCCGGGAACAAGGAAGAAGAAGACCUCGCGGCGCUCGCGGUGCUGCAUGGGCUGCACGACGUGCGUCUGGCGCCGUUCGUCAGGCAGCUGAACCUGGGCGCGCUCAACGGCGUCGAGGCGGUGCGCGCGGCCCGGGCAAGAUACUGGGUCGGCACGCACGACGAGGAGAAGAAGGGGAGGGGGCUGAUCGCGCCGCUGCUGCGCCGCACGCGGUACACCCUCCGGCACGCCGUGGCGCACGACGAGAAGAGGCGAAGCAGGGAAGCCGGUGGUGGUGGAAGAGAGGACGAGGAGCCCGGAUACGUGUUCAAGGAGUUGGCGUCUGGAGAGGCUCUGCUGUUGAAAUGA